AUGGGUCGAACAUUAGCCUACCCCAAGCGGGUUUCCAAUACUGCCAAUCGGUACAAGCAUCGCGCAACCUAUGAUCUCGGGCCAAUACACUCAAUCAUCAACAACUCACAAGUGCUGCAUGUAUCAUUCAAUCCUGGACCCGAUGAUCCAUUCCCAGCCAUUCUCCCCAUGAUUGGCCAGAUGGGAUCCUACGAGUUUCCUUCUGCAGGCAUUGACGAGCCCUUGGACUGCUACCUCCAUGGAUAUGUUAGCUCGCGCAUCAUGAACCUGGCUCGGAGCUCCGAGAGUGAAGGUUUGCCGAUCUGUGUGGCGGCCACCAAAGUCGACGGCCUGGUAUUGUCUCUUACCCCCAACUCACACAGCUACAACUAUCGUUCCGCCAUUCUGCACGGGUACGCCAACCUGGUCACUGACGAGGAGGAGAAAGUCUGGGCAAUGAAGCUCAUCACCAACUCUGUCAUCGCCGAUCGUUGGGACAACACACGCGUGCCACCAGAUCGUGCGGAAAUGCAAUCGACCGUCAUCUUAAAGGUCAAGGUGGUCGAUGGCAGUGGGAAGAUUCGUGAUGGAGGUGUCUCAGAUGAACGAAAGGACUCUGGCAGCGAGGAGAUCACAAGUCGCGUCUGGACCGGCGUGAUUCCUGUCUGGGAGACGUUCGGUCAGCCUGUUCCCAGUGGUGAAGGCAAAAUGGAUGAGGUCCCGGAGCACGUCGCUGCGUUUAUCGCAUCGAAGAAUGCGCGAAAUCGUGCAGAGGCCGAGUCGGCCGUCAAAGUGACGCCUCCUGGGAAAUAG